UCUUCGUCGAGAUGACCGUGACCAAAGACCAGCCGAUGACCUAUGCCAAAAUGAGGGGGCUUGUGUCAUAUUUCUCAGCUCUGCUCAAGGGAAAGAAAGUUGGCUUCAAUGACUUCUUGCACAAAUUUGUUUCCAGUCAAAAACUCAGCCAACACCCGGACCCCCAUAAACUCUUGCAGCAACAGAGCAGGCUGAGAGGGGAGAAGGAGGAGAAAGGCACACUGAGCUCAGUGAACACCAAAACCUCACAGAUGAAACCAUCAGAUUUUGACUACCUCAGAGUUAUCGGCAAAGGAAGCUUUGGAAAGGUGCUGCUGGCAAGACACAGAAAACGUGGAGGCUACUAUGCUGUUAAAGUGCUGCAGAAACAGAUGAUUGUCAAGAGGAAAGAGCAGAAGCAUGUGAUGGUUGAGAGGAGUGUACUGCUGAAGGGACUACAACAUCCAUUCCUGGUGGGGCUCCACUUCUCUUUCCAGACACCGAACAUGCUCUACUUUGUCUUGGACUACGUUAAUGGAGGGGAGCUUUUCUACCACCUUCAGAGGGAGGGGUCAUUUCCUGAGCCCAGGGCUGCUUUCUACGCUGCAGAGAUGGCCAUGGCACUGGGCUACCUCCACUCUCUUGACAUCGUUUACAGAGACCUCAAACCAGAGAACAUCCUGCUGGACAGUGAGGGUCACGUGAUGCUGACUGACUUUGGGCUUUGUAAAGAAGGGGUGGCCAUAGGUGGGAUAAUGCAUACAUUCUGUGGGACUCCUGAGUACCUCGCUCCAGAAGUGCUACAAGGCCACCCUUACAGUCCAGCGGUGGACUGGUGGGGCCUUGGCACUGUGCUUUUUGAGAUGCUCUAUGGACUGCCUCCUUUUUAUAGCCGUAGCAAAGCAGAGAUGUUUGAGAACAUACUUAAUGCUCCCCUGCAGCUGCGUAGUGGAGCGUCUCAGGCCGCCCGCUUACUGUUAGAGGGAUUGCUGCAAAGAGACGUCUCCAGGCGCUUAGGAGGGAGCCUUGACUUUGUGGAGCUGCAGGAACAUCCCUUCUUUGCAUCCAUUAAUUGGGACGACCUCCUAGCCAGGAAAGUUAGACCCCUUUUCAUCCCAAAAGUGACUGGUGCCUGUGAUGUUAGCUACAUCGACCCAGAAUUCACGCUCCAACCUGUUCCCGCCUGCGUGAAUGAGAGGUGCCAGGCGGGCGCGACCAGCGAGGCCUUCCCAGGAUUCUCCUUCAUGAACCCAAUGGAGUACAUGGCCGCAGAGCCGGUUUCAUAACAGCGCCAAAUCCUCUGGGAGCAUGUUUGUUCAAAUAUUUAUUUUUUAUGUCAUAAAUUAUUAAGUCAGUCUAUUUUUGAACACUUGAGCACAAUA